AUGUAUCUCCCAUUGCUAUUGCUGUUCAGUGUACUUUGUCAGGUGACACUUGCAAGGACCCCCACAAAUCCAUUGCUCUGGUCCAGGCAACCAUGUUCCAUCAUCGACAUGCCUUACCACUCCGGCAUGCGCGGCCGCAACGGCAUCUACUGGGGGUGGAAUCCCGACGUCGAGAACGGCGAUAACAUCACCAUGAUCAAUCGGGCCACCGGCCACCAGGCCACCACGGUCUCCUACUUUUCGCAAAUCAACUCUCCCUCCGGCUUCGACGGGCACCAACUCCUGCGCCACCUCGACGAGGUCAAGGGCACCGGCGCCGCCCUCAUCGCCUCCGUCAUGCCCAACGGCCUCUCCUUCAACGAAGUCACCCCUGCCAUCGCGGCCGACAUCGCCAACGUCGUCCGCCAAUUCACCGACCAAGGCGUCGAAGUCUGGCUGCGCUUCGCGCACGAGAUGAACUGGUACGUUCGCCCGGGUACGUACCGCGGCAACUCGACGCAGUUCGUCAAAGCGUGGCGAACCGUUUACGCGGCAGUCAAGGACAUUGAAGGGUGCAUGAUGUUCUGGUGCCCCAACAACGCCAAGACCAUGGAUCUGUACGAGGAGUGGUGGCCGGGACCGGAGUACGUCGACAUAGUUGGUAUGGACAUCUAUGCGAGCAAGACGACGGCCAACUUCCGCAACAUCUAUGGCGGGUUCUACGAGGCGUAUGCGAAAAAGUAUAAUAAACACUUUGUUAUUCCCGAGACGGCGACGAAGCCGGAUGAUGUGGCGUUGAAACAGAGCUGGUUGAAGGCGUUGGCGAGUGAUGAUUUGAGUGCGUAUCCGUGCUUGAAGAGUAUCAGCUGGUUUGAGCUGCGGAAGAGCUUCGACUAUAGGGUGGUGAUGGGGCAGGGAAACGAGGCGGUGCAGGAGUCUCUGAAGAAUUUCCGAUGA